AUGGAAGGUUUUCACGAAGUGAAUCUAGCCUCGCCCACCACUCCAGAUCUUCUAGGAGUGUAUGAAUCCAGUGCUUCUGAACAAACUACCUCACCCACAGUCAUCUACCGGCUUCAUGCCUCAGCUGUGUGCUCCACGCCAAUUCCGAGUGCCCUGAGCAUCUCUGAUCUUCCUACACAACCCGUCUAUUCAUCUCCUAGGCACCUCAAUUGUGCAGAAGCAUCAGGUAUCAGCAUCAAUGUUACAGAAACCAUUCCUUGUUCUACCUCGGGACUCCAAGGUGCAUCGUCCAAAUAUGAUAAUUCCAGAAAGGCAAGCAGCAAUGCCGAGAGAGAAUUUUUGAAGGGAGCAACCAUAACAGACUCCUCUGAAGGAAGUGAUGAUGUUUUGGGACUGAGCACAGAUAGUCUGUCUCGCCUACGGAGCCCAUCGGUUUUGGAAGUCAGAGAAAAGGGCUAUAAAAGAUUAAAAGAGGAACUUGCUAAAGCUCAGAGGGAGCUGAAACUGAAAGAUGAAGAAUGCGAGGGGCUUUCUAAAGUGCGCGACCAACUCGGACAGGAAUUGGAAGAACUUACUGCCAGCCUCUUUGAGGAAGCACACAAAAUGGUGAGGGAAGCAAACAUAAAGCAGGCGACAGCUGAAAAACAACUGAAAGAAGUACAAGGAAAAAUUGAUGUCCUUCAGGCCGAAGUAGAGCUACAAUCUAGCGGAAAGACACCCUUCAAAAAAGGCCAUGCGAGGAACAAAAGUACGAGCAGUGCGAUGGGGGUCAGCAACCAGGAUGUCGCCAUGAUGCAGCCAAUUGUGAAAGACUGCAAAGAGGCCGACUUAGCUCUGUAUAACGAAUUCAGAUCCUGGAAGGAUGAUCCCACUAUGGACAGGGCAUGCCCAUUCCUGGAUAAAAUCUAUCAGGAAGAUAUCUUUCCGUGCUUGGCCUUCUCAAAAAGUGAGCAGUGGGAAUUUAAACUGUGA